UCUUUUUUGUUUCCCUAGAUCUUAUGAUGGCGCACGAGGUACAUUUGAAGAACAACAAAUACCGACAGUGGGUCAAGGCAGGCCUAGGCUUAGGUUUCCUGAAAGAGGGACUAGCACCAUUUUGUGAUGACAUAGGAAAACAGCAGCACAAAGAUAUUAUAAACCAAAUUCAAGGAACAAAGACUCCUAAACCAAAUGUAACAUGUGGCGUCUGUCAGAUAACAACUCUCCAGCCAGACCAUGUCCGAGUCUCAAAAGGAGUGUGUCCAUUCAAGCAAGAUAAAUGUAACUGUUGCUUUCCAAAUAAUAAGAAACCCUGUCCUAACAACCUAUGUGGUGCCAUCUAUGACAGCAUUAUACAGAAUCAUGCAUCAAUACCACCGGCACCUUUUUGGAAAAACAGCGAUGCCCAUGAUUGGUCCGUUGACCCAUGGAGUGUCUGUAAAUGUUUUAUAAAUGCUCCCGGGUACAAGGACAAGACAUCAGCAUUCGACGUUGACUGCUCGGGGUUACUACAUGUUAUCAUAAAUAACAAAUAUUUUCAUAAUCAUAUUGGAUGCAAUGUAACAGGACCAAACAAUCUUUUUUCAAAGGUACGACAGUACAGAAAUAAGAUUUUUCACUCAAACAGUAUGGAGUUAGAGGAAAGGGAUGCUAACUCUUUCAUUGAUGAUAUGAUAGCAGUUCUUCAAGAUGGAAAGGAGCUUCUUCAUCAUCAUGCUGCACAACAAGCUGUUGGAAAACUCCAAGAUCUGAAGAAGGAGGACUUCAUUAUUACAACUGAAGGCUUUGACGAAAUUCUCAGUCAAAUCAAAGAAGCAACAGGAAAUGCUGCAACGAAAGAGGAAUAUGACGAGCUUAAAAACAAAAUAUCUGACCUUGAAUCUAAAAUUUCAAAAGCACAAGAGGAGAUAAAAAGACUCAAGGAAGAAGAUUCUCCUCAACAAAAAAAACAGUUAGAAUAUGAAAAGGCUAAAUCAGGUAAUUUAUUAUAUCAUCAUUAAAAGCAAAAGAAAAAUCAGAUAUCAUCUACGUUCGUGUGUGUAUGUACGUCAGCUGUACCAAAAAUAGAUAAAAGGGUCCUCAAAUUGUAAAGUGAACAAAAGAGUUCGGUACAUAACUAUAGAGUACAAGAAAAGCAUUGAUGCAAAGUAUCAAAUGACGUCCAAGCAAAAAAUGCAUCAAGAGACAAUGAACUAGUAAACAUCUGAUGACCAGAUGUCUGCUUGUAAUCUGUUCAAUGGUUCAUUGGAUUUUACCAGAAUUGUAUAUCAUUAAUGAAUGGGCGGACGAAAGACAUUGUUCAUAUUGAACAUUGUUAGGCUUGCUUGUCAUUAGAAUAUUAAAUGUAUAUUCUUUGGAACAAAAAUAAAACAACAAAAAAAACCC